AUGGCGGACAGGACCCGCGAGGCCGACGACGGCAACGAAGCUCUCGACCCCGAGCUCCUGUACUCGAAGGAGUACUGCAUAGGCGGUGGCAGCUUCGGCAAGGUCUACAAAGGUGUCGACAAACGAACGGGACAGGCCGUGGCCAUCAAGGUGAUUGACAUUGAAAACGCCGACGACGAGGUCGAAGACAUCAUCCAGGAAAUCGCCAUCCUAUCCGAGCUGCAGUCGCCGUACGUGACCAAGUACUACGGCUCCUACGCCAAGGGGGCCGAGCUGUGGAUCGUCAUGGAAUUCUGCGCCGGCGGAAGCUGCGCGGACCUUAUGAAGCCGGGCCUGAUUGGCGAGGAUUACAUUGCCAUCAUGAUCCGCGAGUUGCUGAUGGGGCUGGACUACCUGCACUCGGACAAGAAGCUGCACAGAGACAUCAAAGCCGCCAACGUUUUGCUCAGCUCCGGGGGACAGGUCAAGCUUGCCGACUUUGGCGUCUCGGGCCAGCUCUCGGCGACGAUGACGAAGAAGAACACGUUUGUCGGCACGCCCUUUUGGAUGGCGCCCGAGGUCAUCAAGCAGUCCGGCUACGACCACAAGGCCGACAUCUGGUCGCUCGGCAUCACGGCCCUCGAGCUGGCCAAGGGCGAGCCGCCCUACGCCGACAUCCACCCGAUGAAGGUGCUCUUCCUCAUCCCCAAGAACCCGCCGCCGAGGCUCGAAGGCAACUUCACAAAGGCCUUCAAGGACUUUGUCGAGCUCUGCCUGCAGCGAGACCCCAAGGACCGGCCGACGGCAAAGGACCUGCUGCGGCACCCGUUCGUCCGCAAGGCGAAGAAGACGACGUACCUCACCGAGCUGAUUGAGCGGCACAGCCGAUGGGCGCUGACGCACAAGGGAGACGACGACGACGGAUGGGAGGCCGACGGCGCCGCCGGCCCGGCCGAGCGAGAGAGGGUGGACGAGGACAUGUGGGACUUUGGCACCGUGCGCCUCGUCGGCCACCGCGGCGGACUCGUCCACCGGCCGGGGCUCAACGCCAUGGACGAGAGCGCGACGAACGCGCGACGGGCGCGCUCGUCGGACGAGCCCGACGAGCACGGCACCAAGCGACGGGACCCGAGCCCGGCCAAGGCGCGCGAUGCAGCGCCGCAGCCCAGCGACACGCUCAAGGCGGCCAACCAGGGCCUCGCGCGCCAGACGAGCCCCCAGCGCAAGCCGGUCGCGUCGCAGCAGCAGGCCGCGCAGGCUGCGCCGCCGGCGAGCCCGACGAAGGCGACGGGCGCCGCCGCCGCCGCCGCCGCCGCCGCCGCCGCCGCCGCCGCCGCCGCUCGUCAGGGGUCCGAGACGCCGAUGAGGAACAUUCCCGGCCGAUGGCCGGAUCAGUCCUCGCAGUCGCCCGAGUACGACCGGGCGCUGCAGGCGCAGCUCCAGCGCGACAUGGGCCUCCUGAACCUAAACUUGGUGGGCGGAAAGGGGACGGCGCCGCCGCCGCCUCCGCACGUCACACCAUCCUCGUCGUCGGAAGCGCGGGCGCCGGCGAUGAUGAUUCCCGAGAUACCGCCGUAUCGGGGCUCCGGCCAGCGGAUGGCUUUGCAGCACCAGGCGGCGCAGCGAGCGCCGAGCGUGAGCCUCGUGCCGGCCGAGACCCCUUCGGCGGCGGCAUCUGCACCGGCACCGGCACCGGCACCGACGCCGACGCCGUCGUCCUUUCCGUCGCCGGCGCCGGCGAACCCCAACGGCGAGCUGGACGCGCUCAACGACGUCUUUUUCCCGGCGCUCGAGGAAGCGCUGAAGAGGAGACAGACGCGGCUGCAGCAGGCCUUGAAGCCGAAGCCCGGCGUCGCCGCGACGGCGAAGCAGCAGCGUUGCGAGGCGGCCCACGAGAAGCUGCGCGGCCUCGUGUACAAGCUGGCCAACGUCUGCAAGGAGAUUGACCACUACGACAAGGCCGAGCCGGUGGGGAUGGGGAGGGACGUCACCAACUUUCUCGAGGGCCUCUUGGAGGAGAUAUUGGUGCGCGUCGAGCCGCUCGACGAAGAGGAGGCGUGA